AUGGUGACUUUACAUACAGAUGAAAUUAAAGAUGUUUGGGGUUAUAAUUUAGAUGAAGAGAUGGAAAAGAUCAGAAACUUGGUGGAUGAUUAUAAUUACAUUGCUAUGGAUACAGAAUUCCCAGGUAUUGUAACAAGACCCGUUGGUAAUUUUAGAAGUACUUCAGAUUAUCAUUAUCAAACAUUAAGACUGAAUGUAGAUCAAUUAAAAAUCAUUCAAUUGGGUUUAACCUUUUCAGAUUCUGAAGGUAAUUUAGCAAAGCCAACUUGUACUUGGCAAUUUAAUUUUAAAUUUAGUUUAAGUGAAGAUAUGUAUGCACAAGAUUCAAUAGAUUUAUUAUCAAGAAGUGGUAUUGAGUUUAAAAAAAAUGAAGCCAAUGGCAUUGAUAUUCUAGAUUUUGGUGAACAAUUAAUGUCCUCUGGUAUAGUGUUAAAUGAUAACAUAAAAUGGAUAUCUUUUCAUAGUGGAUAUGAUUUUGGUUACCUUUUAAAAUCAUUAACAUGCACAGUAUUACCAUUGGAUGAAGCAGAUUUCUUUGGAUCAGCAAGAACUUAUUUUCCAUGUAUCUAUGAUAUUAAAUAUAUAAUGAAAAGUUGUAAAAAUUUAAAAGGUGGUUUAAGUGAAUUGGCUGAUGAUUUAGAUAUUAAAAGAAUUGGACCACAACAUCAAGCAGGAAGUGAUUCAUUAUUAACAAGUACAACAUUUUUUAAAAUGAGAAAAAUGUUUUUUGAAAAUCAAUUAGAUGAUUCCAAAUAUUUGAAUAUUUUAUAUGGAUUAUCAUCUUUUGGACCAGAUGGUACACCAACUAAUAUACACACUGGUGCUGGUAAUAAUCCUCCACCUCAACUAUCGAAUAGUGGUUCAACAAACUAUGGCUAUAGUCCACUAUCACAACAAAAUAAUCCAAAUAAUAUAACAAAUUAUAAUUCAACAAAUCCAGCAUCUCAAAAUCAACCAACCUAUUAUAAUAAUUAUCCAACUACUCCAACUCGAUAUCAUAAUUCCUCUGGUCCAUAUUCACCAACUGGAAAUAAUUUAUCAAUGUCUCAACCUAAUACCCCUUCUAAAAAUAAUUCAAAUGAUUAUUAUCAUAAAAAGAGUUAA